CCCAACACAUCUCAAACCCAACCCAACCCAACCGAACCCCACUCUUCUCUUCCAAAAUCUUAAGCAUCUGGGAGAUUAGAUUCCGCAUUACUGUAUCUACUCUCUCUCUCUUUCUCCUCUCAUCUCUCCAUUUCCACCCCUCUCUCUCUCUCUCUCUAAUCCAUUUCUUUGGCUUUGUUCUGAUUUUCUUUACCCAACUACAAAGCAGAAAAUUAAAGUAACUGAAGGACAAAAAUCAGAGAGAGAGAGAGAAAGUGGGGGUGAGAGAGAGAGAGCGAAAGAGGGAGAGACUUUGAAACGCCUCUUAAUCUUGUUCGCAGGCCUCUGGGUUCUCUUUAUUUGGACGCCUUUUGAUCCUGCAGUUUCGCCUUUGAUCUUCAUUUUUUCUCACUUCUCAGCUGCGUCCUAUUGUGAGGAUUGACGUUUGAGAUGUCACCUGCCUGGGUUUCGGAUGACGCUGCAUACAAGAUAUGAUCAACCAAUUUUGUAUAAUUAUCAAAGUUGUCAUAGAUGGGAGCUUCACAACAUUAUUUUGUUAGCAUUUGAUAUGCAACAGCGUUCCUGAGAAGUGCUACCUGGAUUUUUCUUGGAGCUUUGAAUAUUUUCAGUGCCUUGCACCUUGUCAGGUGAAAUAUAUACAAUAAUGCAAGGGCAAGGGAGUAGCAUUGGUUCUUUUCCAGAAACCAUUGAUAUUGCGCAUGGAUCUGUUUCCAAUAGUGCUGGCACGAGUCAGCAAACUACUUUAAAUAACAUUCUAAAUCCAGUAGAAAGCCGGUUGUCACAUUAUUUGGCUACUGGUGAGGUGCGUAUAAAUGCUAGAAAUCAUGAUAUGCAGAGCUUCACUAGUUCUGGCGAGCCUUCGGGAUCAACUCUACAAAACGAGACUGUUGAUGAUGGGAUAAAGAUAGAACAUGGUUGGCCAACUUCGUACAGUUCUGGUUCUGGGAUUGGUCCUGUAUCAGAAGAAAGGCGACUUGAGCCAAGUAAUAUCAUUUUUCCUGGGAGGGCUUGUAUGGGUAACAUUGGCAAUCAGGUUAGAAACGAAUCAUCCUUUUUUCAGGGUUCCAGCUCUAGUCAUGUCCAUCAAAACAUGAAUCGAAAUGCUGGAUAUAUUGGAAGUAGUGGUAAUAGUGGGCAGGGAUUGGCCGCUAGCAUUGGCCCAAAUCUCUACAAGUCAGGUGGACUACCAACGGAUCAGACAUCUCGUUCUAGUGUUUCAUCUGAUAUUAUUGGGUCUUCAUCUGGAAGCUCUGGUCGUAUAGUGGGGGAGCAUGAUGUUGGCUCAGGAUCCUUUGGAAACUGGGGCUUAUCCUGCAAGAGAAAGGCCCUUGAAGGUACUUCUGGUCAGUCUUAUACUGGAGGAAGUUCUAGCUCCUUUCCACAAGCUGAAAGUAGUUCAUGGCAUGCUGGUCCAGCCCAUAAUAAUCCUUCUAGCACUUUGCGUUUGUCUAUGCCGUCAUGUAAUUAUUCCAGUGGAAGUACUCCAGAGCAGCAGAACCUAAGAACUGGGAUUGCUAUAAGAGCAGUUACUUCAGAUGCCUUUCCUUCUUCUAGUGUUACUGGAAACUCAGAAAGUAUGACGAGGCAUUUUGGUCGGGACUUUGACACUGGGCCACAAGAGGAAUCUGUACCAUUCAAUUUAUCAUCAGUAGGGACUGCAAGGCGUUCUAGUCUUUGUUCUCCUCAUCAAUCACCUAGAGCUGCUCCAUUUAAUGAUUCCUUGGAUUUGAGAUCAACCACAGUUGUUGCAGCCAAUUCAGGUGCUUCUCAAAGUCAGUCUCAUGCUAUGCAUAUGCCUGGUUUCUCGGGAAACAUGCAUCCGUUUCCUUGGAAUGGGGCUUCCAGCUCAAGAGUUGGGAGCAUUUCUACUUUUUUAUCUGGAGAAAGAGGCACUGAAUUACGAGAAGAAGCAAACUUAAGAAGCAUUCCAAGAAAUAGUGCAGAGAACACCACGUUUCUACCUGCAACUGAGAUUCGGAAUUCAGCACAAGAUCCAACAAGUUGGAGUUUGGCCUCUGGAAAUGCAAGCACAUCUAUAGGAAUUCCUUCCUCGUCAAGGAUUGCCUCCAGUUCCAGCAAUCCUCCUUUGCCUAGUCCUGCGUGGCUUCCUCACCACAACUCCCCACCACACGAUCAUCAAAGAUUAUCAGAGUUUGCACCCUGGUCCUUGUUUCCCUCUGUUGAUUCUCAACCCAGAGGUCGUACUGGUCAUUUGAACCCAUUACCUCCAGGACCUUCUUCUCCAUCACAAGAUACUAUAAUGUCUUCUGGACCUAAUAACCAGAGCCAUCGACAACACCUCAGGUCAGCAUUCUUGAUGGAGAGACAUGGUGAUGAUGUUCUUAAUAUGCCUCAUUCAUUAAGGGCUUUAGCUGCUGAUAUUGAAGGGAGACGCAGGCUAAUAUCUGAGAUUCGACAAGUCUUGAAUGCUAUGCGUAGGGGUGAAAACUUAAGAGUUGAGGAUUAUAUGCUCUUUGAUCCAUUCAUAUAUCAUGGUAUGGCCGAAAUGCAUGACAGGCACAGAGAUAUGCGCCUUGAUGUUGACAAUAUGUCUUAUGAGGAACUUUUGGCAUUGGAGGAACGCAUAGGAGAUGUUAGCACUGGAUUGAGCGAGGAGAUCAUUCUGAAGUUGAUGAAACAGCGAAAAUAUGUAUUGAUUAGAACAAAUUCCCCACCAGACAUGGAACCGUGCUGUAUCUGUCAGGAGGAAUAUGAUGGUGGAGAUGAUAUUGGAACACUAGAAUGUGGGCAUGACUUCCACACCAACUGCAUCAAACAAUGGCUCAUGCAGAAGAAUCUCUGCCCUAUCUGUAAGACUACAGGAUUGCUGAACAUGAAAGAAGACUGAUCUGGAUAUCCAAGUGCUUAAAUAUAAUUGUCUUGCUACUGUAUCACUAAACUCAACAAUUGGGAUCCCAAAAAAAACCUAUUUAUACCUUUUUCCUUUUGAAACCAGUUUGAGGUGCAAACAAACUGCAUGGUUUCAUGAAGAAGGAGAGCAGCUAUAACUGGGGGUAAGGAAAAAGAAAAAAAAAAAAGAAAAAAAAAGAAAAAAAAAAGAAAAGAAAAGAGAAAACUGAAAAAUGAAUUUGCUUAAGAUGGCAUAAAAAGAUAUGUCUAUAUGUUAGUGAUGGAUAAUUUUAAAGCAUCAUGCUAAUAAUAUAUAUACAUUGGAAUAAUGUUUAUGACAUUAUUAAGCUCUCACUAUGAAGCUGGAAUUAUGUUGUUGUUGCA